UUCGCCAAGAGGACGCGGUUUCCAGGGAGACCGGGCGCCGGUGUUCCCUGUGGAACUGGGGGCGGGAAGCAGAGGGAGGACCCCGAGAUGCUGCUGGUCCUGCUGGGCUGCCUCCUGCCCGCCGCGGGCGCGGAGAGCUGCCUGCGCUGCUGGCCGGAGCUGCCCCUGCUCCUGGACUAUGACCUGCGGGUGCUGUGGGGCCCCGGGCCGCCCCGGGAGCUCUCCCGCAGCCUGCGCUCCCUGCUGCGGGCGCCCGGCCUGGAGCCCGGGUACCUGGGGCGGGAGCAGCUGGAGCGGGAAGCGGCCGCGCUCUUCGCUCACAUCGACACAGCCAUUGGGAGGUUCCGCGCCGGUGAGGAGGCCGCGUGUCCCAGGCCCGGGCCGCCCCGGAAGACCCACUGUCCUGGGAGGGAGGUGUGCUGAGGGCGGGCACAGCCUCCGUCGGGGGCGUCCCUCUGGAGUCCAUGAUGGAGAAGCCGGGAGGCAUCCCCAGUGGAGCUGCGAGGUGGACCUGCUCUGAGACGCAGGCGGCCUGCGCCCCUUCCAUCCCUCCACGCGCCCAGACAGACCGUCGCUCCUGAGCGAGAUGCACGUCCAGAAGCAGCUGUUUGCUGAGGGGCUGAGCAGGGCUUCCGAGGAGCUGAAGGAGCAGGACCUUCCCUUCAAACUGGAGGUCAUCAACUGCAUCAACUGCAGAGCACACCACCUCACCUGCAGAGACCCCACCCUCUGCCCAGGCUGGACCCCGCAGACUCUCCUGUCGGCUGGAAGCCUCUGCAUUACUCUGGCCCUGGCAGUCGUCGCUGGAGGUGGAUGGUACAUUUUCUGGCACAAGAAGCAGACAGAAGAGGCUUCCAGGUUGAACGGAAUCAUGUCCCCAAGGCCCCACUCUGGCCCUUCACUCAGCCCUGCGCCCUCCCCACUGAUGCUGCAGGCCUCCAGCCUCGGCCAGGCUCUCCGGAACUAAACAGGACCUCUACAGCCCUGAGUGCAUGCAGGCCCGAGGCCCUGAGAGCAGGUUGGCUCCUGGUGCCAAAGGAAAGCAGAUCGGAGUCCAGAACCUGGACUCCAUUCCUGGCUCAGAUUCUAAUGUUCUGGGUUCCCCUCUGCACCUCAGUGUCUCCAUCUGAACACAGGCGGAAGCCAUGCUUUCCCCAGGCUGCGUCCUGACCCUGGAGCCCUGGGGUCAUACCUACCAUCCCAGACUUGCCUGUGCUGCGGACCCACAUUCAGUUCCCUUCCCCCACUGCAAGCCUCUGCAAUCCUGCUUCAGCAGAGCCCCGCUCCUGAGCCCAGGCCUCUGGCUCCUCAGGCCUGCCAGUGCCCGCCCUGUGGCGGGAAGCGGCUGGCUCUCACAGCACAUCCCACAGUAGGGCCACUCCUGGGGCUGGGGCUGGGGCUGGGGCGGAAGGACUCCCGGCGACUGAAGUGAGAUGUGAACACACCAUUUACGGCAACCUGGGCAGGGAACGCCACGGGGACCUCCAGCUCACCCAGCCAGAGAUCCCAGAAGGCCUCCCUGAGGCAGCGUCUGCAAGUGGGAGAGGCGGAGGGCAGGAAGGGAGAAGUGUUUUAUGAAGAGCUCAGGCUUGAAGAGGCGUGGAAGCACGAGUGACAUGCAACUUCCAAAACCGUGCGCCGGGGAAGGGUCUGCAGAUGGAGGCGUUUGGGGGAAGCAGACACACUCCAAGGACACAGCUGUGACACACGGCGAGGACAUCCUCAGAGCCCCUUGGAGGGCCUGGGCCAGAGCCCAGCGGUGGUGCUCACGGGCCCAGGAGACCGGUUCUCUCUGCGUGUCUCGAAGGCCUUUACCACCGGACAUAGCGCGGUGGCGGUUUCCUGCUGGUGUUUAAAUGUGGACUUAGACCAUUACUUCAAAAUAUCCAGAGCAAGUUUUUUGAUGCGUGCAGUAAAAGUAGGAAGUCACGGUAUAGUUUAUAUGAAGUAUGCGUGUGUAUGUCUGUGUGUGUAUCUCAUCAGAUUUUUUAUUUGCGGGCAUAUUUUUAUGAAAACUAGAUGGCGUUCUGCUGGAGUGGAAAAACUAAGAAAUGUUGUGUCCAAAUAUAAGCUCUGGAGGACUUCUGCUUUCGACUAGGACAGAGCGGCCCACAGCAGACAAGGCUCUCACCAAGGGCAACUCAAAAUAAAAUAAAUCAAAAGAGCAGAACAAAAUGAAAAGCUCGUUUUAGACACCAGGAGAGGCAGUCUCACACGCCCACAGCCCGGCCAGCCGGGCAAGGUGAGCUCUGCGGGGAGCGGGGUCCCCAGCACUCCCCCUCCUGGGAGAGCCCUCAGUCCACCUCAGGCGUGGACACAGGUGGGCUGAGAGGCUCCCGGUGUGGAGAGGCCAGCAGAGCUUCCUGCAGUCCCGCUGCUCUAAGGACACAAGCUGGGGGACUAGCUUGCUGCGACAAUGUGAGGGGUCCAAGUCCGCAAAAGUACACGGGUGCAAAAAAUUCAACCCACAGCGCCUGUUCUCCGGCAUCCCGAGAUGUCGGCCUGUUGUUCACAGCACAGGGCUUUGGGCCAAGAAAUCAAGCAAAGCAUCUGAAAUGCAAUGUAUCAGAGCUUUGUAUGUCAGGGAAAUAAAUAGCGGCGUUCCUGACCCACAUAGGAAGACACUGUGAUCACUACUACCGGUUUGGGAUGAAAAGAGAAUAGCCUAUAAAAGAGGGGGUGCGGCAGAAGCAGAUCAAUUCUUACAGAGUUUGGAGCUCAGCCUAAGGGCCCCGCAGCCCCUGACAAAAUUAAAAAUGCCUAUUCUUAGUCGAUAUCACUGCUGGGGAUGACAGCCCGUAAUGUCAUGUAGAGGCACCACAUUGCAUUUUCAAUACCGAUGCCCAGGAUUAAAUAUGAACAGGCACACCAGAAACGGGAUCAAGAGAAAAUUCAGACAAUAGAAACAUACCUACAAGUGAUCAGAUAUCAGAGUCACCUGAAAUAAAUUUUAAAAUAACUAUGAUUCAUCAUCCAAAAUAUUUCCCAUCCAAAAAGAAACCGCUACAUUAGCAGUCACUCCCCCUUCCCAGCUCAGCCCCGGGGCAACCACUUAUGUUUUUAGUCUCCAUGAAUUUGCCUAUUCUGGACAUUUUGCAUACAUGGAAUCAUGCAAUGUGUGUGUCCGGCUGCUUCCGUUUAGCAUGAAUGGUGUUUUCCACGUUAACCCGUGUUGCACCUUGAAUGGGAGCUUCAUUUCCUUCUGAGGCUGAAGGACCGCAGGGUGUGGAUUUACUGCAUUUGUUUACGCAUUUACCAGCUGAUGAACAUUUGGACUGAUUCCACUUGUUGGCCACCGUGAAUAAUGCUGCUGUGAACAUUUGUGGAGAAGUUUUUUGCGUAAACAUAUGUUUUCAGU